UACUAAUUACACUUGAGCAUACACUUUACAAAGGUAAACGUUUACGUUUCAUUUUGAAAAGAAAUUCGCACAAAAACGUCUGACCUUUGCAUUUUACCUUCCAACUCAAAUAAAUUAGAUUCUAUUAUGGAUUUAAAACUUCAGAAACGCAGGUACAUUGUUGAAGACAAUGAAACCGAUGUGAAUAAUAAAAAAAGUAAACGUGUGAGAAAACCGGAAUUCAAUUUAUUGCAACUAAAUGUCGAUUGCUUGGAGAAGGUGUUCGAAUGUUUACAUUCAUUCGAAGAACUUAGAGCGGUUGCCAUUACCAAUAGAUAUUUUUUGGAAAGUGCAAGCUAUAUAUUCAAUAAAAAAUACAACAACACAUUAAUUGCAUUCGACCCAUUUGCAUCAAAUGGAAGGAUUUUCAAUAAUUUUUUAUAUAUUUUGGAUGGAUUUGGUGAUAAAAUAAAGCGAUUACAAGUAACAUUUUACCAUGAAAAACGGUAUCGCAAUCGAAACGAAAAAAUCCUUUCAAUAAUCAUCGAAAAAUGCAGUAAAAGUGUUGUGGAACUAAAUUUAUCAAAUGUUCAAAGUGAUAUGAUAAUUGACAAACCAUUUCCACAAAUGCGAAAAUUCACGCUCAAUGAGAGUUAUUUGUCGGAUUCACUAACACAUGUCAUUCAAAAUUCACCGAAUAUUUCGAGUUUGGAAUUUUAUUCCGUCGAAAAUGUUUUUAAUUCAAAAAUCUUGGAACAAAAAAUUCCGUUAAUGACACAUUUUGGAAACUAUAAUCAAGUCAUUAUGGAUUCAGAAGUGGAAAAUUUGCAGAAAUUUCGUUGUUUCAUUAAUGUGAAUCAACAAUUGAUCAGCUUGGGUAUUGGAGCAGAAGAAUUGGAAAGGUUGUUCCAUUAUGAAGAGGUUCGCCAGCAAUUCUUUAAAACGAUUCAUCGAAAAUUACCAUAUCCUGAUCACAGAAGUCUUAUCACAUAUUUACUUCCAUUCGAAUCCAUUUAUUUUGGACAAUUGAAUCAAUUGAGCAUCUCGAUGGGAGAUGCAACGAAUUUUCUGCACUGCAUGAGAGAAAAUCGGAUUGAAAUUGCAAAAUUACCGCUACAACAACUUGAAUUCUAUGUUGAUAAUUUGAAUGUUGAGUCAGUUGAUUUGAUUUUACAUUGCCGCCAUUUGAAAAGGCUACGCCUAUAUAUUGGCGAAGGUUUGGAUGUUAUACAGUUGACUAGAGCCGCAUUAUAUUUACGGCAACUUAAUGAGUUGGACAUCUUUUUGAUGUAUAAAGAGAAACCAAAUUAUUCAGUUAUUCCAGAGGUUAUAAGAAUAAUAAUUGAAAAUCUUGAACGUGAUCGGCACAAUAAAUUUGUCAUUGGCUUUGAACUAAAGUACGAAAAAGAAACGGCACGCCGAUAUGAAACGUUUUUAAGUGAUUUUUUUUCACAAAAACUCCCAAAUAUUUGGCAUGUUCGUUUUGAGACGAAGAACAUCGAAAUCAAACGACAAAAUUCAAACAAACUUCCAUUUUUAUGCGCCAUUUUGGAAAAAAGCAUCGCAUAGAUUAUU